CGCGCGCGGCCCUAAGACAACAACGCCCAUCUCGGGUUGGAUUCCGGCGCCACCGUUCAUGGUCUCGCUUUCACAGACCCACCUCCGCCCCCAUAUUGCCCGAAUAAGCUUCCAGCAUUCGUUGUCCUGCCAUUUGGCAACGAUCUCACGCAAGAUUAUGGCUGAAUACGUGCGGGGGGCGCCUGAAGUGGCAGUCAUUCGAAUUUGUAAUCCUCCGCUGAAUACACUCAGUGCUGUGGUAUUACGGACUUUAAAACAAGAAAUGAAUUGUGCAAAUAUUGACCCCACUGUGAAAGCUGUUGUGAUUUGUGGGGCCAAUGGGAAAUUCAGUGCAGGUGCUGAUAUCAGAGGAUUUUCCGUUACUAAUCAAAAAGAUACACCAAGUAUGGAAUCUGUAGUUUCUUUUGUAGAGAAGUCUGAAAAACCAGUUGUGGCUGCUAUUGAAGACAUAGCUUUAGGAGGAGGCCUGGAGUUAGCACUGGGCUGUCAUUAUAGGAUUGCAAACAUGAAGGCUCAAGUUGGCUUGCCAGAGGUCACAAUAGGUUUACUUCCUGGAGGUGGUGGGACUCAACGGCUUCCGAGGCUGAUUGGAGUACCAGCUGCACUUGAUAUCAUCAUCACAGGUAAACAUGUGCCAGCUACUGAAGCACUGAAACUGGGGAUCUUAGAUGAAGUUGUUGAAGAAAAUACUAUUGAAGCAGCUAUAAAGUUAGCACAAAGAGUAUCAGAUCAGCCAUUGGGACUUCGCAGACUCUGUCUGAAACAGACUCCCAAACUACCUAAUAUGGAAGCCAUUCUACAUGAGGCAUUUUUGAAGAUGAAGAAACAGGCCAGAGGAUGCCUCUCACCCGAAAUGUGCUUUCAAGCUGUAGAAGCUUCUGUGUACUUGCCCUUUGCAGAAGGAAUUCACAAAGAAAAGGAACUUUUUCUCUUUCUUUUGACUUCAGGCCAGGCUAAGGCAUUGCAAUAUGCUUUCUUUGCCCAAAGAGUUGCAGAAAAAUGGUUGUUGCCUAAUGGGGCAUCCUGGAAGACCGCAUCCCCUCAACCCAUCCGGAAAGCAGCUGUGAUAGGUUUGGGGACAAUGGGCCGAGGCAUCGUGGUAUCUCUGGUGAAGGCUAAAAUUCCAGUUGUGGCUCUGGAGCGGGAUAAGAAGCAUCUUGAGCUAGCAAGGAAAGCAGUCAAAGCUCUUUUAGAACGUGAAGUUUUAAGAAUGCAACAGAAUGGCAAAACACUGGAUGUCCAUAAAUCUAAGCUGCUUCACUUCACUCUGGAUUUUGGUGCACUAAAGGAUGUGGAUCUAGUUAUUGAGGCUGUAUUUGAGGAUAUGGUUCUGAAAAAAGAAAUCUUCUGUAAGUUGUCAGAAGUCUGCAAGCCAGAAGCCUUUCUGGGCACUAACACUUCUUGCCUGGAUAUAGAUGAGAUUGCUUCUAUUACUAACCUUCCCCAGCAAGUCAUUGGCGCUCAUUUCUUUUCACCAGCACAUGUAAUGAAGUUAGUAGAGAUCAUUCAUGGGCAGAAAACAUCUCCCACUGCUAUUGCUACAAUUAUGAACCUGAGCAAAGUUAUGGGCAAAUGUGGUGUUGUAGUAGGGAAUUGUUUUGGCUUUGUUGGGAACCGGAUGCUCAGUUCUUAUACUGAACAAACGUAUUUCCUCUUAGAAGAAGGCAGUACUCCAGAAGAGAUAGACAAAAUUCUGGAGGAAUUUGGUUUCAAAAUGGGUCCUUUCAAAGUAUCUGAUCUUGCUGGGCUUGAUGUGGGCUGGAAAUCUAGAAUAGGGCAGGGCCUGACAGGAGCCAACCUACCUCUUGGUACACCUCCCCGCCAGCGAGAUGGUAGACGAUAUAGUCCUCUUCCUGAUAUCCUAUGUGAGAAAGGGAGAUAUGGUCAGAAAACUGGAAAGGGCUGGUACCUAUAUGAUAAACCUGGGGGAAAGAUAGCAAAGUCUGAUUCCUGGCUUCAUUAUUUUCUUCCAAAUUACAGAAAUGCUCACAACAUUACAGCUCGCACCAUUACCCAAGAUGAGAUCUUGGAACGUUGUCUGUAUUCACUUGUCAAUGAGGGUUUCCAAAUAUUAUCUGAAGGAAUAGCAUCUUGCCCAGAAGCCAUUGAUACCAUCUAUAUCAAUGGUUAUGGAUGGCCCAGACAUAGGGGUGGUCCCAUGUUCUAUGCUUCUGAGAUUGGGCUGCCUAAGAUUCUAACAAAACUGCAAAAAUAUGCUGAGGCUAAUCCUGACAUACCUAAACUGCAACCCAGUGCCUUUUUGCAAAAACUUGUCUCCCUUGGCAGCCCUCCAUUGAAGAACUGGUCAUCGCUUAUGAAAUUUCAAGAAAGCAAGUUAUAGUUAAUGCUUCCUGAAAAUCUUCUUCCAAUCUCUCAGAAAUUUUCCCUAAGUGGGAGGCUUUUCUUUAUCUACCUUAUUCCAAAGAAGCUUUGGAGUGCAUGUAAAAGUUUUCAGGGGUCAUUUUUAAGCUCACCUUAAUGUUAGAGUUGGGAUACUACUAUUGGCCUUGUUUUCCAUCAUUGUGAAGCCUCCCUGGUUGCCCAUGCAUCUCAGGGAAGACUCAAUGGGAAAAAUGCCCUUCUGACUUUCCUUAAUAUUUAAUGGAAGCAUGAAUGAUUGUGUGGAUGAUUGGGAGAAAAGAUACUCACACCCAUGCCUUGGCCGCUCUUCAGUAGAUGCCAGUAUAUCACCCAUGAUAAGUUCAAUGAAAUUCUUUUUUUUUCUUUGAAAUAAAUUUGCAAAGCAAAUUCUAUUUCAUCCAAUGAAAUGAGAGCUGGUAGGAAAAUAAAACACAGGAUAAUUUUUCUGCACCACAUGUUACAAUGUGGUAUGAAUAGCCUGUUUCCUGUUCAGACCUUUUAACUGGUUGACUUCAGAUUGAAGCCUGAAAUACAGCAUGCUAUAGAACAAUAUCACUGUCUUUUCUGAUUUCAAUACAGUGAGCCCACACCUGCUAUCUCCAAAUGAUAAAUUGUUGCUCACAUAGUGCCUUUUAUCAUGCCGCUUGUUUGAAAGCACAUGCUAGUAUUAAGCUGCCCAGUCUUUGAAUGUACCUGGCCAAGCCACCUACAGGAAGAGAGAAAGAAAAGCAUGCAUACUAUUCUGGAAGUAAAUACAUUCUUGGGCUGAGUAUGUUCUUUGCCUUUGCUCCAUCUCGGUCCCCCAAGCCACUGUUUUUGACCUAUUGGACCUCUGGAUUCUAUAAAAAAAGUUAAACAGCUCUUAAGUCUGAUCAUUGUUAAAUCUUUGUACUUCUGCACUAUUAAAUGAGAUAGUAAAGCAGGCUUCUCAGACUUGACACCCUCCAAUAUGCUGUAGUGGGUAAGGUGUUGGACUGAGAAGAUCCAUGCGCAUGUCAAUCCUCAGCUAGGAAUCUGCUGUGUUACUCUGAACCAGCUGCUCUUUUUUAGCCCAACCUUGUAGGAUAGUUGUGGGAAGAAUUGGAGGAGAGAGUUCUUAUAUACACUGCCUUGAUUCCUGGAGGAAGUUGGGAUUUUCUGACACGUCUGAAAGAUAUCAGGUUGGGGAAAGCUGUACUAAAAUUCUAGUAGAUUUGUUUCUCCUUUCCUUUGUGAAGUUGUAUGAUUUUCAAGCUGAUCAACUUGUUAAUUCUUUUUUGGUCAUGGAAAUACAUUGUGCCUUCCCCAAGUUGAUGCCCUACAUAUAUGUUAACUCUGUAACUCUGACUUCUGAAUACAUCUGAAGAGUGUUAGCUUGGAGAAGGCUGCUAUAUACCAACAAGUAUACUAUUGGUUCUAGGAUAUGCAAUGAUACUUAAAGGAAGACAUACA